AUGCCUGCAUUUAUUCUUCCAUCCUUCCCCACCAUCUUUGCAUUAGCUCUUUUUCUUCAACCCACUUCCGUCGCGGCAGCCAAGGGACCAUGCCCAGAUCCAUACCUCGACCCAAAGAAUGAUGAAUGCAACCCUUUACGGUAUAUACCAGGGAUUCCCAUCGCGGUAAUCGCUGCAAUCCUCCUUGUUUCAGUCGGACUGCUCCAGACAUGGCUCACGUUCAAACACGGGGCUAAGUUUAUGCUCGCAAUGGUCAUUGGGUGUUUCACCUUUGCGCUUGGUAUCGGGCUACGCGUGGGAGUGCACAAUGACCCACACGCGUUGAACCUAUAUAUUGCACAAUCUCUGUUUGUAUUGCUUUCGCCUUGUGCAUUCAUUGCCUCGACGUAUGCCCUACUGGGACAUCUGGCCACCUACUUGGAUUGCGGCGACCUCCUGCCCCUUGUCCGCCCCAGCCGCAUCACCAUCGCUUUCGUUACUUCGGAUGUUGUCACCUUCUUGAUCCAGGCCGGCGGCGGAGGCGUAUUGGCCUCGAGCCGUGAACCCAAGACGAUUGACCUGGGCAACAACAUGUUCCUCGGCGGCUUAAUCCUCCAGCUCAUCUCCUUUAUAAUCUUCUCUUUGAUCCUAUUCUGGUUCUUAUUCCGGGUGUACACUCGUCGCCCAGACAUUUGGACAAUCGACUCCCAUAAAUCGUGGUGGAAUGACUGGCGUACUCUAACCGUUGCAUUCACGGUUACUUGUAUUGGGAUCCUGAUUCGUUCCGUCUUCCGAACGGCCGAGAAAGCAGAAGGAUUUGGCGGGCCGCUCUCUACAUCGGAGACAAUGUUCUACGCUCUCGAUACCCUUCCUCUUUUCAUCGCCGUCGCCGUCUUCGUUCCAUUCUGGCCAGGUCGUUUCAUCAGUGACACACCUAUCACGAAGCAAAAUCUUCCGCAUACCUCAAUCCCGUUCGAACGGCUUGGACGUGACAAGCGACGCGAUGAGGAGAAUGCACCACUUCGUUAG